CGUAACUCUGACCCUGUGUAGGUGGCGGAGCAGCCUGCCUAGGCGCGAAGCCAAGUGCGUUGACUUUGACCCACUCGAUGGCUUGCUCCAGAUACGAUAGUCCAGCACUCUUUGCCCGGGCAUGCGUAUCGGUAAUGAAGUCAUCAAUCUCACGCUCGUGGUGGUACAAGACCGGCUCGAGGUAUUCCUGGUACAGGAACGUCGCGCCUUGGGAACCGGGGAGAAUCAGGUACAGGUGAAUACAGAAGCGCAUCCAGGACCAGAACGGCACCCAGCUAAGAAUGAAGUCGAAUGUGUUCUCUACGAGAUGGAGCAGCGAAAGCAUCAUGAAGUAAAUGAGCCAUGGUGCGAGGAGAGCUGGAUCGGAGGUGUGGAGAGCUUUGUAGGAUGCGAAGACAGGAAACAGAACAGUGGUGGCGACGCUGGAUGGCUGUCAGUUAUAUUUCGGGUCAAGGAUAUUGUAGUUUUGGGUGUUGAAGAGCUGUACGUCACACUGUGCUGA